CAUUACAUUAAUCAGAAUAAGAACUGGACUGAAGCUCAGCAGUACUGCAGAGAGAAUCACACUGACCUGGUCACAGUGACUAACAUGAAGGACAUGGAGAGACUCAAGAUCUCAGCUGGAGGUCAGAGUGAAGCUUGGAUUGGUCUGUAUGAUCCAACAAACGGUACCAGAACAUGGUACUGGUCUCUGACUGGAGUGGAGUUCAAUGAAAAUCAUAUAGUAUACUUUGGUUUAUUCAGAGACACCUGGAGGUGGUCAGAUGGAAGCAGUUUCUCUUUCAGACACUGGAAUCUACACUUUAACAAUCAGAUAAUCAACAGAGGUCAAUGUGCCAUGACUGUGUUUGAUGAUGGAGGCAGAUGGAGGAAUGAGAACUGCAAUGAAAGAAAACCCUUCAUCUGUUAUGAAGAUGAAAACAAAACCUGGCUUGAGGCCUGACCUUACUGCAGAUCACAUGAUGACCUGGUCACCAUCACCAACAUGGAUGAUCAGAUAUUGAUCCAGGAGAAAGCUAAGGAGGCAUCGACUCCUUUUGUCUGGUUGGGUUUGUUCUUCAGCUGCUUGAAGAAUAAGUGGUUCUGGGUCUGUAAGAACAAUCCAAACUUAGAAAGACGGAUCAAUAAUUGUGGAAAAUCUGGAGCCAUGGAGGCAGGAGGAAAACACAUGUGGUUCCAAGGAAACAGCACAGAGAAGUUGAAUUUCUUCUGUCUUAAGCAAAUUAUUUCUUUUCCUGUUUGCUCUUUUUAA